CUGUUCGCCCGCCGUCAUUACACCUGCACAGGAAGCGGAAGCAGCUCCAUGUGUCGCCGCUCCGCCAGGUUCUGAGUUUCUGACUCUGAAGACAGGUGACGUCACAUGGAGGAUCACCUGUACUGUGCAGGAGAACAACACACAGCAGCGCGGGAAACUCUGCCGCCGAUGGCGCAGCCGCAGGAAGCGGCGAGGCGCAGGUGGAGCAGGCACGAGACAAAGGUGAACAUCGGGGUGGCGUACGGCAGGUGGAGGCAGCUGAUGAGGGACAAGGGCUUCCAGAGCCACGCGGAGGUGGCCUGCUUCCUGCUGUACAGCUAUGAGCGAAGACACUCUGCAGCUCCGUGUCACAGCGCUGCCUCAGCUCGGACAGACAGUGAUUUCAUUGCCGAGGUCACAGAGAUCAUCGACUUUGAACAGAGUUUAGACGAUGGAUGUCUGGCUGAAGAGGACGUGGACGAAAAUGUUUUCAACGACCCAGUGAACAGUGUACUUGAUCUGGCGUGUGACGGCUCCCCUCACUGUCAUCAGAAAGACGGAGCCGAGGACGACGACUCUGACGACGAGAACCUUCCAUCAAUUUGUAUACGGACGGGUGGAGCAUUACAGCGAGCACCAUCGAUCGAUCGACUUCCAGUGAUUGGAAUCGAUGAAACUGUGCAUGACCAGCCUGCGUAUGAAGACCCUCCUGAUGAGCCCCGUCCUCCCUCUCAGGACGCCGCUCUCCCAGGCCCACAGCAAGUCCUUUCUGAAGAGACUCUCAUCGGUGCCAAAGCUUCAAUAGUAUACGAGGACUGUUUGAGACAACUGGCGUCAUUUCUGGUUCUGCCUGUGGAAAAAUGUUCAGGCGGCGUGAAGACCGGUGAAACGUGCGACUGUGUUGCCCCCUUUGAGAUCAACAUCGCUUACAAGGGCACAGCAACGAGUGUUGAAUGGAUCUGUCCCAAUGGACACAGCGUGUGGAGGUGGAAUUCGCAGCCUGUGAUGAAUUUUGGGAUGCAAGCUGGAGACUUUCUCUUAUCCACCAACAUUCUGUUGUCUGGCAACAACUAUGCAAAAGUUGCCCUCUUGUUCAAUUUUAUGAACAUGGGGAUGGUGAGCAAGAACACGUUCCACUCCAUCCAAGGCUCUUACUGUGUGGACACGAUAAAGGAGUUCUGGGAAGAGAGGAGGACUGAGGCCAUCAGCCGCCUCCGAGGGAAAGAUGUUAUGGUCCUAGCGGACGGCAGAAAUGACUCACCGGGCCAUGGUGCACAGUACUGCAGCUACAUCACCAUGGAGAACGAAACCAAAGAGGUCAUUCAUGUUGCCACUGUAGAGAAGCGCCAGACGUCUUGGAACUCUGUCGUCAUGGAGAAGGAGGGUUUUAUCGAGACCGUGGACAAGCUGACAUCAGAGAUAAAGCUGGUGGAGAUCUGCACAGACGCUCAUGACCAGAUCGCAGCUCUUAUGAACCCGGGUGGAGGCAGAUACAAGGCCCUGGGAAUUCAUCACAGUUUGGACGUGUGGCAUGGUGCAAAGAGCCUGGCCAAAAAAAUAGCUGUUGCAGCGAAGAGCGAAGGUCAGUCCAUUCUCCUGGUGUGGAUGAAAGACAUCGUGAACCAUUUCUGGUGGUGCUGUAAGACGGCGAACACGACCGAGCAGUUUCAUCCUCUGUGGGUCGGCAUCAUUCACCACGUCUGUGACGUCCACACGUGGAGUAGAGGAAGCUGCCAACAUGGGCACCUGGAGGAAACCCGUGGGAAGCUGUGGAUCCAGAAGGAAUCCAAGUGCCACAAAGCUUUGCUGGAGAUUCUUCUCGAUAAGUGUUGGCUGAAGGAUAUACAUAAAUACCUGCGCUUCAGAUCAACUGCAGACUUGGAGACCUUCCAGAAUCAUAUCCUGAUGUACGCCAACAAGCACUACGCUCUCAGUCCUCCACUUUAUGAAGCCAGAGUUCUGCUUGCUGCUCUGGACUAUAAUUUCCACCGGAACCGACCGCCAAUGAAAACAGGGGAAGGCAGACAGAUUUUCCGAAGGUUGUACAGGAAGUAUGGCAGAACAUACAGCAUGUACUCCCUGAAGUCUGAAAAAUCCUACGGCUACAUCUCUGAGCUGCAAGCUCGGAUUGUAAAGAAGAGAAUCAGCGGAGCGGUGAAGACUGAGGCCAAAGGGCUCGGUUUGAUGCCCCGCAUGCACGCACAGACACAACUCCGGAGAGAUUUGGUGUUGACUGCAGAUAUCCAGCAGGUGUUGGUUGGUGAAGUGUUCUCUUCUGAACAAAGCCCAAGCCUGGACUGGGAGCACUCAGAGGUCCUACACAUAAAAGAGGAACCGAAUGAACUUUGGAUCAGUCAGGAGGGGAAACAGCUUAACGGGCUGGAGAAGGCUGAAGGCAACAGGUAUCCCGCUGCCGUCUCUGAGAAGAGUGAAAAGAAACGUCAGAUUUCACAGCCUCAGGCUGGCAGCUCAACAAUGCAAAUAAAAACAGAACCUCAAGAGAACUUUGGAGGAUCAGAACCUGCCGUGAAGCCAGAUCCAGACGCAUAUUCACAACCAGAUAUUGAUGAUGAUGAGACCGAUGUCAGUGAAGAUUGGAAAAACGCUGAUUCAGAUUCUGGAUCUGAAACCGAUGACAGUGACAAUUGGGAUGGGACCAGCUCACCUGAGCCAGGUGUAAAUGCACUGAAACAUGAAGAACCACCUGUUAGUGACGCGGGAUGUGACACUGGAAAAAGAACCUUCAGCUGCUUCGAUUGUGGCGACAGUUUUCACGACGAGGAGUCUCUCCAGAAACACGUGAAGUGUCAUUUAGAAAAAAAGUCUCCCAGUUUGAUGGAGCCAAACGUAGAUUCACAGGUCAGAGCCCACAAAGUGGAGAAAGACAUCGAGUGCGACGUCUGUGGGAAAGUAUUACGACAGGGAAGUCUGAAGAAACACAUGAGAGUCCACACGGGAGAAAAACCAUUCAGCUGUAAAGUUUGUGGGAAAACAUUCACAGAACGGGCAAAUGUGACGAACCACAUGAGACUGCACACGGGAGAGAAACCGUUCAGCUGCGACGUCUGCGGGAAAAGGUUCAUGCAAAGGACGCAUGUUAAGUCACACAUGAAGGUCCACAGUGAAGACAAACCUUUCAAAUGUGAUUUCUGUGGGAAAGGUUUUUCACUGAAGCAAAAACUCUGGUCGCACUUGACAGUCCACACGGAAGCUCAGCCGUACGGCUGCAACUUCUGCGGGAAGAGAUUUAAAAAAGGGCAACAGCUGAAGAAACACAUACAGGUUCAUCUAAAAUAGAAGAACUUCUACAGAGUCGACGGCAGCUGGACUUUGUCUUUUAUUUGUAAAGACUCCAUAACAGACCUCUUCCGUUUUAAUGAGCGUGGAGUCGCCAACAUGACGCAUUUAAAUAAAAGAUGCUUUUUAUUCUUGUCA